GGCGCCGACGCCGCCAGCCAGCCAGCCAGCAUGAAGACGCGCUGCCCCGCUGCCCCUCUCGGCCUCGUCCUCUUCGGCCUCCUGCUGCUCGACGGCUCCGUUCUUUUCCAGACCUAUGCUGUGGAUGUAGAAGUGAAAGAUGCCUCCAACAUUACAUGCCUGUAUGCAAAGUGGAUGAUGAACAUCUCAAUAACGUAUGAAUCGGAAAGCAAUGGGUUUAAAAAAACCGCUUUUACACUCCCGGAACAGUUAACCUACGACGGAAGCUCUUGUGGCAACGACACCAAGGGCCCGGUGCUGGCAAUAGAGUUUGGCAAAGACCAUUCUUGGGUGAUCAGCUUCACAAAAACAGCCGACACCUAUCAAGGAAGCAUCUCCUUUACCUACAAUACCAACGAUACGGAGUUAUUUCCAGAUGCUAAAAAGAAAGGCCUAAUUACUAUCUCGGCGAACUAUCCUGAGCGUCCAGUCCAAUUAAACACAGUUUUCAGUUGUAAUGAUGUGGACUUCAUUGAAGACGACAACGUUAGACAAGACUUCUGGAAUGUCAGUCUGCAGGUUUUUCUUGAGGAUGGCUUUCGCAGUAGCAAUAAGACUCUGUGUGAUCAAGUUACAGUGCCGACAGCCACUGUGCCGACAACCACAGUGCCCAGCACCACCACAGAGCCUAACGACACGACAUCUUCUCCUUCACCCACUCUUCCUCCAGAAGAGAAUCCUGCCACCGGAAAAUACUCUGUUGUAAAUGGGACCGCAGCCUGUCUUUUGGCAACCAUGGCUCUGCAGCUGAACAUCUCUCAAAAGGAACCUCUAAUAAUUAACUUUAAUCCAAACACCACUUCUGCCAGAGGGAGCUGUGGCGCUACAUCUGCCGUCCUCGAGCUGAAGGAUAAAAACAACAGGGUUGUUUUCGUGUUUGCAGCCAGGGCUCAAAAUGCUGAAAGAUAUUAUCUGAGAGAGGUAAACAUCACUGUGGCUGAGUCUACAAACGAGACACUUUUUGCUGGAAAUCGUAGUCUCAAUUAUUGGGACACCUCCCGGGGCAGUUCGUACAUGUGCCGAAGAGAGGAGACUCUCGUAGUUGCUCCUGGAUAUAAAAUAAACAUUUUUGACUUAAAGAUCCAGCCAUUUGAUGUAGAAGACGGCCAGUUCUCUCAAGCUGAAGAUUGCAUCUUCGAUGUGGACAACUUCUUUGUGCCUAUUAUGGUGGGAGCUGCCCUGGCCGGAUUAGUUUUUCUGGUGCUUAUGGCUUAUUUUGUUGGCCGCAAAACUCAUCGUAACGCCGGCUACGAGCAGUUUUGAAAAGCGGGAGGCAGCUUGCGCUGAACACUUCCAUUUUCAACCGGCUGAGGAGCGAUUUGCACCUGAAGACUUGGCUGUUACACAGAGGUCAUUUAAAGAACUACUUAUGCUGAUUCAAGGAGGCGAGAUUAUUAUUGUAUGUUGAAUUGGCUACUCAUUAGAAAAAGCUGGAAGUGACUUAACUUGGAACUCUUAACUUAAGCCAAAUAUGCUUCUCCCCACCCCCCAAAAAACACACUACAGAUCACUGCACUGCCAAAGUAUUGUGACACUAUAGGCCACCACAGAUGUCUGGUUCUAGAAGGACUGGUGCAGAAUUAAUGUUAGCUUCCUGCAAACCAUGAUUUACAAAGCUACAGCCAGCUUUCGAAGUACACAUUCUUUCGUCUGCCAUUUCUCUUCCCAGGGUUAACUGCGGUUUUGACCUACAUGUGCACUGGCGCAAAUCAUUGUUCAAAAACAAACACCCAAUGAUUAGAACCAUAGUGUGAAGUGGGUUCCCCCCCCCCUUUCAAACCGUAGUCAUUAGAAGACCCAAGUUUGUGUCGAUGCAUAUGUAUUGCGAAACCAGGAAAGGGAGAGAGGAAAUCUCUCCAGAGGCAGGAGGCAAAAGGACCGUACAUUGGCUUCUGAAUUGCAAACCAGAGUUAAAGUAUCAACCUAAAACACGAGGCGAGUCGGUUUGAUCACGUUUGGAAGUUCAAAUGUAAAUCCGACAUGUGAAAUUUCCUGGGCUGGUUUUGUGCAUUCCUUGUGUGCUGUGUUGAAAGGGCUUUUAUUCACACUGCAGGGAAACCAGGGAAGUUGUCACUCACCUCUCCUGGAAGUGGAGGUUGUGCAUUAAAAACAAAUUAUUAAAAACAACAACCCAGCAACCCUACUUUUGAGAAGUAAGGAUGGCACGUUAUUGGGUGCCUCUGCCAUUUAAAUGUCUGAAGUCUGGGGCGAUUUUCCCGCUGUCUCACUGAGUGCAUUGAGUUUAUCUCGCUUUCCAAAUGUGUGACUCAGCCAAAGAAGUCCCCGUUUCAUCAGUUUCCUUUUUACACUACAAACAUCUAAAGUGGCCCUACCUAAGUGUACUUUUAAUAUUUAUAUGUUUACCACUUAAGAUAAGUUUUUUCUAUUAAGCGGUUAAUUCGUUAAUGAUUAAUUAAUUAUGAAAUGUUGUACCUGCUGGCGUGAUCGAAAUGGGUUAUUGUAGCUUUGCACACCUGUUUGUGAACAACCUCCAGUGUUGUGUCUUACUGUGUUUUGCCUUAAGUUAUUGCAUGUGUCUAUAUAUGUACAGCCCUUUUAUAUGUAAUAUGCUUAUACUUUGGGCUGGUUCACGGAAACAAAAUAAGCCACUGUGGCUUAUUUAAAUUGCAGCGCAUGCCAAGUGUGUCUUUUCUAAUUACUGUGCGGGCACAGCUUGUUAUGUUGUCCAAAACUGGGUGGCUACAUGGCUUGUUGGGAGGAGGAUCAAACCUACAACAGACUGUGGGCAUGUGCCACAGUUUAAGCCACCGUGGCUUGAUUUGAUCAUGUGCGAACCACCCCAUAGUUAGUGUCGGUAUUUUAUAUGAGCAUGACCAGUCGUGGCACACUAAACCAUGGUUUGCGACUGCUCUCCCAUUCCCUCUCCUUUCAUGAUCAGGAGAAAAAGUUCACCUUCCCUUAAUCACAUUUUGAUGUGUCACCUGGAGCAACAAAUUGUGGUUAACAUUAACUAUAGUUGGUUUAGAAUGCCAACUUGAAAGCAUGGUUUCUGAAGCUUCUCUAAAUUAACCAUUGUUAAUGUUAACCAGAGUCCCCAUUUUAGAUGACUUGGGAAGUUGAGAUGGGCUAAAAGUGGACGUUUCUGAGUUCCUCCUCUUGGCUGCGCAGGUGAAAGGGAUGGGUGUACGUGCAAGCCCAGACUCUAUGUGGCAUAUUCUUGCUCAUGCAUGACAUGUUAAACCAUAGUUUAGUAUGACAUGGACUCUGCACUUUGUGUAACUUUUGCUAAAAUAGCUGCCUUAAGCAGGUCCUUUUAGGUCAGAAAAACAGCAUAUAAGCUUCUAAAUCAAAGUGGAAGUCUCCCUUUGGGGAAACCGCUGCCAAAGAGAUCCUCAGUUCAGUAAUGUCAAUACACUUUGGGGACCUUCGCAACGAAGAGUUUUCAGUACAGCACAACUUCUAAAAAAAAAUUGUAACACCUAAUCUUGUAUAAUGACUUCUUGUAACUAAAAAAAAUAAUGAUGUAAUAUUCUAGAUUCCAGUUUGCCUUGUAUGUUAUCUCUAGUGAGCUGUUGAAAAUGUUAAUGAAGUGACUUGCCUUGUAACCCACACAGUUUGGGAGCUGGGUGAAGCCUCG